AUGGUCAAUUCCCCUUCACUUUGGUUUGCCAAUUCUAUUUUAUCGACUUAUAAGCGACAACUUCAAGCUGGACUAGUUCAUCGGCUGCAUGACAGCAAUGCUGCUACCAGAGUAUGUCCAGUUUUAUCGACCAGUAACGAUAAAAGGGGAACAUUACUUAAUAGGAAUCGUUUACGAUUUCGAGGAAGGCCUAAAAUAACUAAAAUAAAGGACAAUAUCGUUUUAUACCUGCAAUGGAAAUCAUUACCUAUCCAGGUUAAAUUAGAUAAAAGUAUUCGCAAGUUAGCCCAUUGCUCAAGAUAUCCUCGGUUCAUACGAACUGCAUCCAAGAGUAGUAAAGACGGUAGUAUGGCACCUGAGAAAGCUCUAACCAAUCCACCUACCCCCUCUUACAAACCAUCAGGAAACAUGCCAUUCUUAGCUACUGCUAUGUUGGCGGUAUUUCUAUCAUUAUUUAGCAUAUGUAUAACUGUAUGUAUGGCUGCAUUUUGCUGGUGUGAAAAAUAUCGUCAGCAAACAAAGAGGACUCAUAUAACAUUGCCUCCUAUUCAAAGUCAAGUUACUGCUACAUUGCCAUCUAUAAGUCAACAAGGUCUAGAAAAAUAUACCACUAUCUCCAAUUUACAGAAGACAAAUGCCAACCCCACAGGAACUGCUAUACCUUUACAAGAAAAUCCUCAUUAUAUCAGUAAGGAUGCUACUUAUUUCUCCUUAUGUAAUGUCUCAUCCCUUAUAACUACUGUAUAUACUGUGAUCUAA